AUGGCACAUGACCGAGCAUGUAUAACCUUUGCUGCCCCACUACACGCAAAAGUCAUAGAAAGAAGUGUGAAUUUCCUGGUGGAAAGAUGGGUUCGGGUCGUGUUUUGUGUUUUAGGAUUAAUCCUGUCAGUUUAUGCUCUUCACAUGGAGCUGUCACGAGAAAACGACCCAAAUUACACGGCUAUGUGCGACCUCGCUGAUUCUGUCAGCUGCUCCAAGGUUUUCACCUCCAGGUUGGGACGUGGAUUUGGUCUCGUUCAGCUGUUUGCUGAAGAGGACAGCAUUCUGAACCAACCAAAAAGUUUACUGGGCAUCAUCUUUUACACUCUGCAGCUAGGCCUAGGCGAAAUGGUGUCAAAUACAGCAGCACAUUUCUUGGUCAUGGCAUCCUGGGUGUCAGUAGCUGGUUCAAUCUAUCUAGCUUUUAUUUUAGUAUUUGUUCUGGAAGAUUUCUGCAUGGUGUGUGUGUCGACAUACAUCAUCAACUUUUCUCUCCUCUACACAAACCUGCAGAGAAGGAAAACUUGUGUAUGCCUCAGAUUCUUCAACUAG